AUGGCUAAGACGACUUGUUUAAAGACAACAGAGUGCUUGAUCAGUGAAGAUAAAACAGAAAAAUGGCCUUUUAAUAUGAUCCAUUCGAAUAUAGAAAGACGUUCACUAGAAACAAUAGAUGUUUUUGUAUGUCAAAUAGAAGCAAAACAAACAUCUUUAAUAAUGGAGUUUAUCUAUGAAUAUUUAGCGUUUGAUCCAUCAGAUCUUUCAUAUUUAAAACGAGUAAGAAAAGUUGAAGGAAAUGAUAGACAACCUAAACUAGAUGUAAUUUUACACAGUACAAUGGGUCUAAGUCUUGAGGAUCUUAAAAGAAAACUGAAAGAGCAGUCAAUAGAUGUUGAUGUUAGAAUAAUACAGGUGUCGAAAUAUCCACCGUUAACACGUUCACAAUUUUGUGUAUGGAAUUUACUGUGGCCGCUUCAUUUUCGAAUAAAUAUGGCUAAAAAGAUUAAAUUUACGGAUGAGUCUCUUUUAAAAUUAAAAGCAUUAAUGAAUCAUGUAUGGAACUUUGCAAAUGAAAAAUCCAGCAUAGAGAAUGCAUCUUAUUUGUGCAAAGACCUAAUAGUUAUAACAACUCAUGAACCAUGUGUAAUGUGCUGUAUGGCAUUGGUUCAUAGUCGUAUAUUUCGUACAUUUUACUCAAUUGCCAUGCCAAAAACAGGUGGACUCGAAAGUAACUAUCAUAUCCAUGGGAGAAACGAAUUGAACCAUAAAUAUCAGGCCUUUGGAGGUUUUACUGUCGAAAAUACACUUAAUACAAUUAAUGACUAUGUUCAUAUCUAA